UGUAUACGUAUGUAGACCAGUAUAGAGCAACCGAGUCACUUUACAAAGUGGGAGGGGCACUUAGAGAACAGUAGCUGUAUAAACUGAUCGUUGUGUGAACAAAAAUAAACGGAUUUGUUGUCUUAAUUGUAAUAAUUCUCGAAGAAAUUGUUUCAUUACUAUAAUGUCCAACAGGGCGGUACAGCGGGCCACAAAUGUGGUGUACCAGGAGCAUAACGUGUCCCGAGAUACUCGCGGGAAGGUGCUGGGAGCCAGAGCUGGGUUCAGGGGUUGCACCGUCUGGCUGACCGGUCUCUCUGGCGCUGGAAAAACUACCAUCUCUUUUGCCCUUGAAGAGUACCUGGUGAGCCAGGGUAUCCCUGCGUACAGUCUGGAUGGGGACAACAUCCGGACAGGCCUGAACAAGAACCUCGGCUUCACUCAGGAAGAUCGGGAGGAGAACAUCCGUCGUAUCUCUGAGGUGGCCAAGCUCUUCUCAGAUGGAGGAAUUGUCUGCAUCACUGCCUUCAUCAGCCCUUAUGCUAAGGAUCGUCAGCGUGCCCGGGAGCUCCACGAGGCCGCGGGGCUCAAGUUUGUGGAGGUGUUUGUGAAUACGCCCCUCGAGGUGUGCGAACAGCGUGACGUUAAGGGGCUGUACAAGAAGGCCCGUGCUGGCCAGAUCAAAGGCUUUACUGGUAUUGAUGCUGCGUACGAGUCCCCUGAAAACCCAGAGGUUUCCGUGAAGGCUGGACACAUCUCCAUUGAUGAAUGUGUGCAAGAAAUUGUCAGCCACCUCGUAGAAAUGGAGGUGGUGCCGUCUACUGCCCUGAACACUGUACGAGAACUGUUUGUGCCAGAAAACAGGGUGGAGGCGGUACGUGCGGAGGCUGCACAACUGCCCAGUCUGGAAAUCACUAAGCUGGACCUUCAGUGGACGCAGGUGUUGUCCGAGGGCUGGGCGUCCCCACUGACAGGUUUCAUGCGGGAACGAGAGUUUCUCCAGUGCCAGCACUUCGGCUGUCUCCUUGAUGGUGGAGUGACAAACCAGUCUAUCCCGAUAGUGCUACCAGUCCACUCAAAUGACAAGGACAAGCUGGACGAUUGUAAGGCCAUCUGUCUACGGUACGAGAACAAGCCCAUUGCUAUUAUGCGUGACCCAGAGUUCUAUGAACACAGGAAGGAGGAGAGAUGUAGCCGCCAGUUUGGAACGAGCAACACUGGACACCCUUAUGUGAAGAUGAUCUUUGAGGGUGGAGACUGGCUGCUGGGCGGUGACCUCGAGGUAUUGGAGAGGAUACGCUGGGACGAUGGACUCGAUGAAUACCGCCUCACUCCUCGUGAACUGAAACAGAGGUUCCGCGCUUUAGGGGCGGACGCAGUGUUUGCCUUCCAGCUGCGUAACCCUAUACACAAUGGUCACGCUCUGUUGAUGGCAGAUACAAAACGAAGGCUGCUGGAGCGGGGAUUCAAGAAACCUGUACUACUGCUACAUCCAUUAGGGGGUUGGACCAAAGAUGAUGAUGUGCCCCUGCCACACAGGAUGAAGCAGCACAAGGCGAUCUUAGAAGAGGGCAUUUUGGAUCCAAACAGCACAGUCCUUGCCAUAUUCCCCUCCCCAAUGAUGUACGCCGGCCCUACAGAGGUGCAAUGGCAUGCCAAGGCCCGAAUGGCUACAGGGGCUAAUUUCUACAUUGUGGGUCGAGACCCUGCAGGCAUGCCCCACCCUGAUGGAGGGAAAGACCUGUAUGAACACACCCAUGGAUCAAAGGUUCUAACCAUGGCACCUGGCCUUACUCAGCUUGAGAUUGUCCCAUUUAGAGUGGCAGCCUACAACACCAAACUUAAGGCCAUGGAUUUCUACAACCCUGAACGCAAGGAAGAUUUUGAUUUCAUCUCCGGCACAAGGAUGAGGAAACUCGCCAGAGAGGGUCAGAAUCCCCCAGACGGGUUCAUGGCCCCUAAGGCAUGGAAGGUCCUACAAGAUUACUACCAGUCACUGAAGCAGACGUAACAGGCAGGGCCUGUUAUAUUUUAUUGGGUCCAUAAUAUUCUACAGACAGUAACAAUACAUGUAAACAUUUAAUAUAUAUGUCCAUGAUUUGCAUCAUUAUGUGAAAGAUUUCUUUAUCUGGUGAUAUGCUUUUGUUAAAUUUUAAACAAACAUUCUAGUCAGCUUUUUUUGUCCAGCGGUUGUAAUCAUUAAGGAGUUAUGGUUGUAAGCAUUAAGGAAUUAUGGUUGUUAACAUAUUUUCUACAUAAGGUCACACAAACUGAUGUCAAAUUUACCACUUUUCACCACAUAAUGCCAAAAUACGCAUUAUCGUAAAGUCAUGUUGAAUCAAACAAGGCAAAAACAUGCUUUAAGGUUUAUGCUUUAAGAUUUCUGACAAUUUUUGGACCGAAACAUUUAUAAUUAAAGUUCUUAGUUGGGUUCUUUCUUUAACCAGAACUUAAAAGGAAGAGUCAAGUUUUAUUGUACAGGAUUAUCAUUCUAAAUAAACAUAUUUUUUAAUGAUAUGGGAAAGUAAUAUUUUCAUUUCAUCUGCCAUCUUCAAUUUUUCGAACAAUAAUUUGAUUUGGUGUGGCCUGAACAGUUGGCAAAAUUCACUGCAUAAUCAAAUCUUUCACAUAAUCAAACAGCAACAGAUGUGCUACAUUGUAUUCGGAGGGGAAAUGCCAAAAUAUUUUCUAUUUUCAAAGAAAUUUAGAAGGUACCCACUCACAGUUGAAUACCUACAGGCCUUAAAUUAGUGGUAUACUUCUAUCACGGCCUCAAGGGAGAAAACUAAGUAAAUUUCAUGGAUCAACUGUAUGUUGUGUACCUUUAGGUUUUUUUGCGUUAUCCAGCUGGUUUCCUUGAAUGUGGGCAACUUUUACUUUUGCAUGGAUAACCAGCAUUAGGGGAGUGUUUUAAUUUGGAAAUUGAAACUUUUCAUCUGAAAUAUACUAGAAAAGCCAAUGCUGUAAUACCAAAAUAUUUUGUCUGCUUUUAAAUUUGUUGGACCAAACACUUGCACAAAAAUGGGCGACUUUUUAAGUAUUAUACAUGUGUAAGCUUAAAUAUAUAUUUAUCUAUGUUGAACUUUACUGAGUUUUGUCCCAAAAUGUUUUUAAAGAUAUAUUUAUUAUUAUUUAAGUCUAUAUUCUAUAACUUUACAUGGAGAUUGUAUCAAGUGACCUUGAGGGAAAUGAAUAAAAUUGAAAGAAA